UGCCGAAAAAAGAGUCUGGCAUCGCAACGUUGGACUGCCCUCCCUCGUUUCUCGCUCGAUCACGUACCAAAACACCGGCCGGACCGUACUCACUCAUCAAUAUUGUCCAUAACCAUCAAUCCAAGAAUACGAUACAAAUACAGCACAAUACAAUCCUCGGUCAAUACAUCAUCCAUCGAUCGAUUCGAUCGGCAAGCUAACGAACCGGUCCGUUAACUUCUCCAUCGCCCAUACCAUACCAUCAUCGUCCCUUCCCCUUCCACUCUCUUUGCCAGACGAGACCGACAAGACGAGACGAGACGAGACGAGACAGAGAGAUAUACAGACAGACGGACACCCCCCAAAACAAAACAGGAACAAAUACAUCUCCUACUGAUCUUUUUCCUUCCUUUCUUUUCUUUCUUUCCAGAAUCACCCACCCAACCAAACCAAACAACCAAACUGCCAUCAACCUGAUCUGAUCUGAUCUGAUCUAUCCAGGUCGGUCCGUCUGUCCGAGUCCGAUCUCUUGGUUGGUCCCACCCACCGACCAUAGCCGCCAAUACCAUGGUAGUGAGCGGUAGGCCUCUGAAACGCAUGAAGAGACGCGUCACCGCCGAUCUCCACAACUUCUUCACCUUCCCCGAGGCCGCCGCCCCCCCGACUUCUUACCCGCUGUUUCCUUUCCGGGCGAACGUGAGGGAGUUCCUCUCGAAGCACGCCCUCCUGCCGCCACCUUCGUCGCUGUUCCCCCACCUGAUAGCGUGGCAGGUGCUUUUCCGGGCCGGAGAUCUACCGGAUUCGGUGGUCUGCCUCGAUGUGAUCGAGGAGGACGUGGCCAGAUCUAGAUCCGUCUACUGCGAUCAGUGCCGAGUUGUCGGCUGGAGUGACCACCCGGUUUGUGGGAAGCGAUACCACUUCAUAAUAAAGGCUGAUGGGAUUGGGAUCCCCAAUGGCAAUGGCAAUGGAUUUGACAUUGGCAUUGGCGGGUAUCACAAGCCUUGCAUCUGCUGUGGGGAUAUGCUCCACUUAUCAGAUUCUCGGUGCAAGUCAUGCAACCAUGUGAUGACGGAAGACGAUGUGGAGGAGUGGAUAUAUCACCAGUUGGAGGACACUGCCAAUACCCAUCACCUCUUACAUGGGGUUGUCCACGCCAACGGGUUUGGUCAUCUACUUAGGGUCAAUGGCAGGGAAGGGGGUUCCAGGACCCUCUCGGGAUGCCACAUCAUGGACUUCUGGGAUCGUCUGUGUAAGACGCUCGGGGUAAGAAAGGUCAGCGUGAUGGAUGUAUCAAGAAAGUUCGGGUUGGAAUACCGUCUUGUGCAUGCCAUUAUAAAGGGAUGCCCUUGGUAUGGCAACUGGGGAUAUGAGUUUGGUGCAGGCAGCUUUGGUGCCUCGGCAAAUUCAUAUGCUGUGGCCGUCGAUACCCUUUCCAGCCUGUCCCUGUCUACCUUCAUGAAUUCAGGACAGAAGCGUCUCCAGGACACGAUUGCGUUCUACCAAUCCUUAUCGAUGAAUCAUGGACGUGAGCUUGUAAAUAUAAGGGAUCUCUUCAGUUUUUUGAUGAGUUUGAUCCAAAAAGCUCGCAAGUUUUCCUCGGGGGCUACUUAUGGUGCAGCCUGCAACAUGCAUGAUGCGGCUGCUGAUAGUGCUGUUUUGCAUCGGUGGACGCAAGGUGAUGUCAAAAGAGUAGAAGAAGCUAUGAUGAAGGUGCUGCGAGCUGUGUCGGGCUCAAAGUGGGUGAGCUGUCGUACACUUAGGGCUGCUGUCUGGGACCGGGGCAGUCCAGACCUCCUCGAAUUGUGUCUCAAGGAACUUGCUGGUAAAUCAGCAUCUGUUGGUAUGGUGGUUGUUUCCCGAGCCAAUCCUAGUUCAGGUGCCCCUGAGUACAGGCUUGAACCUGGAAGUACUGCCGCAUCAAGUGGAAGUACCACAACAUGCGAUGGUUCUCAAGUCUCGAACUGCCCAUCUGUAGAUUUUCUUUUGUGGGAUUUGAGAUACUUGUAUGAGUCCAUCCUGCAUCCGAACGCAGUGCAUUUGAAUGAUGGACAGCACACCUCUACGAACGAUGUUACGGCAGCAGCUGCAGCUCAAAGGCUCCUCGACUGCAAGAAGUUUAUAAAAGACUAUGAAAAGAAGAAGUUCCCCUCGGGCGCCACCAGUGUCCGCUUCGAGAUUGCCGUCUCUUGUGAAGUGGAGCUUGCAGAUCAGGCUGAACUGGCUAAUGCCAUGCCUCCCCCUCUCGAGAUAAUUAUCUUGCCCCCUGAUGCUACAGUUUCUGACCUCAAACUCGAAGCAUCAAGGACUUUCCAAGACGUGUACCUGAUGUUUCGUAGAUUUCAGGCAGAGGAGCUUAUUGACUAUAGCGGUGUUGAUGAUUCCACCCUAGUGAAGCUCCUGUUGCCAGGAGGGUCAGCUGAACCUGUGGUUGUUCGUGUAAGAGGGAGAUGCAUUGGGAAGAGCGGACCAGGCAGGUACAGAAUGGAGAGGGGCGAUGAGAAUUGGACUAUGGACUGUAGAUGUGGGGCCAAGGAUGAUGAUGGAGAGAGAAUGUUGGCUUGCGAUGCCUGCAGUGUGUGGCAGCACACAAGGUGUUCGGGCAUACCUGAUUCCGAGUCGGUGCCAGUGAGGUUUGUUUGCUGCAGAUGCAGGAGCUCUAACUCUACCCAGAUGAAGGAGCAGGACAAGGAUGUUGAUGAGGUGAAAGCUGCUGGUUGUUACUAAUGGAUAGAGCAUGGUGGAUUACUUCUUUCUGAUCGAUCUUUCUUUAACUGAAAAAUGUAAAUGUCCUCUUCCUUUUGGUCCUCUUAUGUUUAUUCUUUUGCUGCUAACAGUUGCAUUGGGGCGGGUGGAUAGAACUAUGUACAUAUAUUGUCUAACUAACAGGCCGGCCAGGCCUUCCCAUCCAUCCGUGUCAUGCAGUCAUGUUAUGGUGGUUUGUAAUGUAUAGCCUCCUCUCUGAUUCAGUGCCACGGUUUUUCUUAAUAAAAGUUUUCCCAAAACCCAAGAGGAA